AUGCAUUCUCACCUCCACACAUCCUACAAUGCCAAUUGCGAAGAGAUCAUGACUGCUCUUGAUGAGUGUCACGCCAAGGGAUUCCUACACAAAGCCAUGGGAAGCUGCAACGAUAUCAAGCGCGAUGUGAACAAAUGCCUCUCCGGAGAGCGAUUUGAGCGCGCAAAACGCAACCGGGACGAGGCGCGCAGCAACCGCCGGCGUGUUGAGGAGAUCUGGGCUAAAGAGCGCGAGCUUGAUCAGGGGCCUACGGUGGCGGCUACUGCGGCAGCGAAUGUUGCGGCGGCUAAUACCGGUGCUGCGAAGCAAUAG